CACAUAAGAAUACGACCAAUACUUUGAUGUUAAAAUGAAUUUUCUCUUUUCAGAACUUUGUCACAAAUUGAUAUGGUCGUAAUUAUCAGUGCAGUAAUUGAUAUUUCUUGGUUUCUUUUCUGUUUUAAAACAGCUGUUUAGCUACGUGAAAAUUGAACAAUUUAAGUGAUGCUUGGUCCUAUCCACCAUUGUUGCUACCUCUUUUGACCUUCUCUAUUCAGUUGCUUAAUGUUAUGUUUACUUUAAAUAGAAUAUUAUCCAAGCAUGAUUCUUUAUAUGAUUGAGAAAUAUGAUAUUUCCUCUGAAGAUUUGUUUUAAUGAAAAGAAACUCAGUGUCCGAAAACGCUGCCAGUAACUUUGGGUUAUAAUGGAUGGUCAAAACCGCACGCUUGCUAUGUUUGAUUAUUUGUUUUUAAUAUAAGUCAACUGUUCAGAUAGUGUGUUUAUGAAUAAAGGUCCAUAAGCAGUAUGUCAUGUAUGUAAUAAAGGAAGGUUAUGACAACGGUCGUGUUUAAGUAUCUCAAAUUACUUAGAUUUCUUGUAUAUAUGGAUAUGUCCAGCAGAAGUACAGUAUGAUUUGUUUCUCAUGUGCUCUUAAAUCAUUUUCGGAAGGAGACCACAGUAAAACUGUUGUAGAUGUUGUGUGAAAUACUGCCAGUUUCGUUGGUGAAUUUGAAUGAUUGUUUAUUAACAAAGGCCCUGCACUCCGCCCUGCUUCAUCGCCAGAUAAAUCGCAGAAGCUGAAAUCUGGGUUAGGAGCAAAGAGGCCGCACACCACAGGGUUGCAUUCCCACAAACAAAAAAGUUUAUCUGAGCCUUAUAUGACAAUAAAAGUUGACCCAGAACUUUUAGAAAAAACAAAAAGCUACAAGAAGAAAACCAGCCAGAUUCAUGAACAGUUUUUACCUGAGAAGCAUAGUUUGGCAGGUGGGGUAUACGCACGUGGUGAUGCUAGUGCACGUUUAGAACCACCAUCCCAGUGGCUGACAUUUGGGGGAGGAGCUACAGAUGAUGUCACGUCCUCUGGUGUGGUAGACGCAUUUACAGCUAUGAAGAAAAAAGACGAUUACUACAAUAUAGAGGGAGACACAGGCAACAGGGUGGCAAUGCAGCUCAAGAAAGGGGAGAAAAUAAGAGUUGGAAGGAAUGGAGAAAUACUCUCCUACAACUUAAAGAUUUCCAAAAAUAAAGUACAAAUGGAUGAGAAAAAAAAUCUUAUGGCUGAAGCUCAAGAUGCCCUGGUCACCACACAGCAGCUUGGUCCACCCCCUCUGUCCUGGGAUGGUCAGAUACAGUACCCAGGGACCAAGGUCAUUGAGCCCAGGAAACCUAAGAAUGAGGGACCAAAACCUAGCCUGUGUGAAAACCAUCCAGUCGUGUUCCAAAAGUUGCUGUCUGAUGAACCACUGCGGAAACCACCAGUUGUAAGAAAACAUGGAUUCCAAGUGCAGCGUCGCAGCAAGAGCAGAACAGGCAUGGAUGGUGCAGAGAGAGAGAACAUCACAGACAUUGCAAUAGACAGUAGAAAGAAGGAGGAGGAGGAACGGAUCAAGGGUCUUGUGUUAGAUGACAUCAUAAAGAUUAAAACUCAAAGAUCACCUAGAACACCUAGGAACUUGCCUUUUCAAAUUCAUUUGGAGUCAAGAAAUAAUGGUGCAGAAUCAGAUGAAGGUGGAGAAGAGGAUGGAGAAAGGCAGGACGAUGGAGAGCACUCUCCAAAAUCACAUGGAGCUAGAAAUGGAAGUCCACAGAGUCGUAGAGGUGCAGGCAGGAGUCCAAGUCCCCCUAAUUACAGAACUGCAGGGAGAAGCCCUAGUCCUACUCAUGGAAAUAGAAGCCCAAGCCCCUAUGGGCGAGAUUUCCGAAGCCCAAGCAAACUUAGCAUGGCAGAUUCAUCGUGGAGUGAUGCACGUGCAAUACGACCCAGCACAGCCAUGUCUGCAUUCAGUGGACCGCCAGAUCCAAAUCUCAGGAUAUUCACCCCAGCUGCUGAGAAGAGAGCUGAAACUAGGGCUAAAUCUCGACUGUCCACUCCUGCAAGUAACAGCCGGGUAAGGACACCUCAGUCCAUCAGACCUCGCCCUGGGCAGCCCUUGCACAAAUCAGGAGCAGCAGCCGGAGCGAGUAUCAGUUCCCAUGGUCAGAGAGGUGACCCAGAAUAUAUUCAAAUUACACAACAGAUUAAUGUGUCUGGUAGUAAGCCAUCAGACCCUACCACCCUCCGCAGCCUGCAAACUGGGGUCACCCCUGUUAAGGAACACACAAGUCAGUAUGAUGAGUAUGCACAUAUCAGGAAUUAUAGACUAUUGAAUGAAGGGUUCUCCCCUGUCAACACUCCUGCCUCAUCUGAUAUGGGUAGUCACCAUAAAUAUGAUGUCAACAUCCCCUCUGGCGACAGCGGAUCGAUGUCCGACAUUAACUCAAUUUCUGAUGACUUCGGUGAUAGGGGUCUACAUGUUACAAUACAGGAGCCUAUAUCUGAAGAAGGUAGUGGGCAAAAUACUGAAAGGGAUUUUGAUGAUGGAAUGCAAAGUGACAUUGAUGAUAGUUUUCAUAAACAUUUUCAUGAUGAAGUUACCCUGGAUCCCGAAAUGGAUAGUGCUGCCUCCAUGUUGGAUGAUGCUGGAUUGGAGUCACCUGCUGCAAAUGAUAGAGCAGACGACAGUUCUAGCCAUCUUGAAAAUGGAAGCAAUAUGCAAUCAGACGAAGAGGACUCUGUCUCAUUAACAGAAGAAGAAAUGCCAAAAGUGACAGCAGUGUCUCUAAAAACCAAAGAACUUAUAAAAGAAGUUACCAGAGAUCCCAUAGAAAACCCACCUGAAGUGACAGAGAUUAUUGCCAAGGCAACAAAGCCAGUCCCCCCAGAGCCUGUGCCCCCUGCUGAAGAGUUGAAAUCACUGAGGGAGCAAAUUAAAAGUGACUUGCAGGUGGUACAGCAAGAUGCACAGAGAGAUAUACAAGAUUUAUAUCUAAAGCAUGAGAAGUGAUAUGCAUAUGUUAUAUAUGGUAUUUCAUUUUUUUUUCCUUAGCCAGCAUUUCUAUGCAAUUUUGAUUUAAGAUAAAAUGUGAUAUAUGAACCAGUACAUCUGUUUAGUAUAAUGGACAAUAUAUAUAUAUAUAUAUAUAUAUAUAUAUAUAUAUGUAUAUAUAUAUAUCGAAUGGGUAGAAUGCAAGCUACAGCAACACCAAUCCCUUUUUAUACUUUAGCUUUAUUGAUACUCUACAAUUAGACUAUACCUGUAACAGUCAAUGUACUUUAGCAUUGAUAAAAAAGUUUUAUUUUAUAUGUGUUUAUUGUAAUGUAACUAUGCCAUUUUAUAUCUAGCUAGAGUUGAUAACAAAUAACAAACUGCUUUUUAAAGAGUAGACCAUAUUAUUUUUGUAUCAGACUUGUCUCAAAAGUGGAGUUCAGAACUAUGCAAACUUAAACCAUGAGCAGUCUAACUGGAGUAUUUAGAUUACUUAGCCAAAUUUUUGGUCUAAAAGUUAAGACAAUAGCGCAGUCCAAACUUAUUUUGUGAGACUGAUUCCAGUGACUUUUUUUAAUGGUUUUAUGUGUCUGAGAUUCCUAAUAUCAGUGGCAGUAUUAUCCAUUGAAUAAAUUGUGAUAUAUUUACUGUCUAGCCCAUCGUUGUUGAAGUGACCUGACAGAAAUUGAAAUUAAUACUAACCAGUACAUAUAUGAGUCUUGUACAAUGUGUCUUUUUCUAUUCAAAUGAGUUAUUGCAGUAAUUGUAAUGCUGUAUUCAUAUCCCAGCUUUGUUUUUUUUCCCUGAAGUGUUGUCAUCUGUAGUGAGUGUAGCUUAGUCACUUGUUGUUUAUAUGUUGUUGUUUAUUUUUAAUAUUUUUUGAUUUACUGGUGUAACUUAACCUGAUUGUAAUGUACCAGUUUCACAGGAAUGGUAGUCCUACAUGUAGGAAUGUAAGUCCAGGGUCCCAUAUGAUUAGUACAGGUAAAGGUAUCUUUACGUUGGAAUAUUGGGGUUAGUAUGUUGGACGAAUGUCACCUGUACAAAGUAAUGGGGAAGAGACUACAAAUCCUAGCCGUCUACCAUUCCUGUCACACCGGUCUGUAUUUUUGUAUGCUACAUGUAUGUCUGGCAUUGCUUGCUCUAUACUCUGUUCAUUUUGAUUUUUAACGUUUAGGCCCUUGUUAUGUUUAAUUUAAUGUUUUAUUUCCUGUUAUGAUCUUGAUGAAAGUCAAGAGUUCCGCAAAGCUUUUAAUAUCUUGAUAUAUCCUGUUAUGAUCUCGAGAACAGAUCAAAACAGGACGCUUUCAUGUGACAUAAUGGAGAUGUGGAGACAUCAUUAUUUCAGCAUUAUUGUACGAAAAGGAAAUUGUGUUUAAUUGGAGGUAAACAAGCUCUUCAAAAAGGAUAUUCUAUGUACGUCAUCGGUACCAAUUUUCCUCUGAUUAUUUCUCAUUGGUAUCGCGAAUCAUGCUUAUCGUGCCCACGCACAAACCAACUAUUUUUGUAUGAGAAAUAUACAGUAAUA